UAAAUCAGUGUCCAUUUAUUUCGAAAAUACCCCCCCAAACUCCAUUUCCCGCGUUUCAAAAGACAACAAUGGAGCCAGACCCCUGGGAAGCUCUUGACCUCGACGCCUCUGACCUCCCUUCCCUUCUCCGCCCUUGCAAACGCAAACCCCAAUACUCUCCCCCUCCAUCUCCUAUAAAGAAUCUUCAACCCACCCCAAACUCUCCACCGCCCUCUUCUCCGUGCCUCAUCCCUGGCCCUGCCGGAGCCGUUCAAGCCGCAAUGCUUCGAAAAAUUCAGAACAAAAGCAAUCGCGUCGGCAUUGGCGAAGAGCCCCUUCCAACCCAGGAGUAUAUUAGGAGGGCCGUAGAAAAUCCUGGCGCCGACGAUGACGACUUCUCGCGUGAUCCCUGGCUUUUUGCCGUCGAAUUUAUUCGCCGCGAAGGUUUGGCUGAUGAUGGCGGGACAAUUGGUACUCCUUUGAGCUGGAUCAAGACUGAACCUAAAAUGGGCAAUAGAAAAGUAGCUCAGAUUGUUGCCGUUAUCAAAUCUUGUACCCCAAAUGGUCUUGGUGAUCUGAUGGUGACUCUCAAGGAUCCUACAGGUACAAUUGAUGCUAGUAUUCAUCGCAAAGUCCUAGUUGAGGGAGGGUUUGGAAAAGACAUAUCUGUUGGCACAGUUUUGAUAUUGCAGAAGGUUUCAAUUUUCUCACCUUCGCGCUCUGCAUGCUAUCUCAAUAUAACACUCAGCAAUGUUGUCAAGGCAAUCUCAAAGGAUAGUGGACCUCAGUCACAACAGAAUUAUCCUGUAUCAACAGUCAUUCCAACCGAUCAUGGUGUUGAAAACAGUAAACAGCCAUAUAUCCAACAGAAAGUGUCCACUCUGUCACAAGAGAGAACUGAAGGAAUUAUGAACAGCCUCAGACAGACUGGUUACAUGAAAGGGAGAGUGCAUAAUGAUAAAGGAAUUGAAGGAGAUGAAGCACUGGGAAGCAGCUGCUGUAUUAAGGAGAGAAAUAGAAGUCAAAAUGCCUUCGUAGCGAAGGGACAUUCAGUGCGGCAGGAUAUUCUCAGCGGAUUGAAAAAAGCUGCAGUACUAGCUGGCACCAAUGAGUGUGAGGAAAAUGUUGCGCUGGAGGACCAGUCCAGCCCACGGAAUCUGGCAGCAAGUGGCAAUCACCUGGAAAGCAACCAAAGCAGCGGUGGUGCAAACUUGGUUGGCGUUGCUAACUACCAGGAGAAUGUGACUGACAAUGGAGACAAGAAACAAGGACGGCUACCAAUAUCAACUGGCUUACUUCCACAAUGGACUGAUGAGCAGUUAGAUGAGUUGUUUGCAUUUGACUGAGAUGCCAUAUUUGCAUUUAUAUAGUCACACCCGUUUUAAAGAAUGGUUCGUAUUAAUUUUGCAGUGUAUAGAUGGCAUGGUUCAGCCAUUUUGCAUUCUAUUCUGGUCAAGGCAAGUGAGGGUUUUUUCCCAUUGGCACUAUAGUUACAUCUCAAUCGUGCGUCCCUAUUUAUUUAUUUAUUUUAACAGGACAUUGUGCCUUUUAAAAGUUUUAACCUUGCAGAAUUCUGAUAAAGAAAGAACUUCUAUAGUAGCAUCGAGGUUCUCUGUUUUAGUUAUUGCUGGAACCUAUUUUUAAGUUUAAUA